AUGCGGAGUGCCGCAAGUGCGGCAAGAGGAGCCACAGAGGCAGUGUGUAGGCAGAGCACGCGCGCAAGUGGCCGCGCAGAAGAUAGAGGAUUUGCGGGGGAUGCAAAAGGAGUAGCCUUUACGGCGUGGGGCGACGAUGGGGAUGUGCGCAAAGGCGUGUGGAUAGUCGACUCGGGCAGCACCCAGCAUGUCACGGCCGAUCGAAGCCAAUUCACGAGCUACAAAGAGCUUCUGCGUGACGAGAGAGAAUCAUGGGGAUCAUCGAUAGAGACGGACGGCGUGGUCCAUAUGGAGGCAGGUAAGCGUGGAGGAUUGUGGGAGAUUGAGACCGUGGGGAAGCAGAGGGCAUUCUUGGCGAGGGGUCCGGUCAAGGGGAACCGGGUGUGCGCCACAGCAAAGAGGCCGGUAAGAGCGCAAAGCGUGGUGAAAAAGACGGUGAAGGUUGUGAAGAUCGACCUAGACGAUUCGGACGACGGGAAUGGGGGCGUCGAACGAAAGAUGAGAUUUUUUGUGGGGGCGGACGAGACGUUCAAAAGUGGUCGAAAAAGGGGCGGAGUAACCGUGGGAGCCAAAGAGCCGGAGCACGGAGUGGAGAAGACGUCGUCGGAGAAGAGCGACGCGGUGCGCUACCAUGAGAGCGACGGUGGCGACAGUGGAGGCGAGUGGGUGACGCCAAAGGCGAAGAAGACAGCCCGCAAGAGAAGCAUGACGAGUUAG